CUGUGUGGUGGAGACAGGCGUAGUGGGCAGUGAGAGGGUCUAAUCUUGGCAGCGGCUGUCUCGUCUCCUGUGUCAGCACAGCGUGUGUAAUAACACUCGUGUCUCCAGAGCUGGUGGGAAACACUUCGCUCUUCAGACUGAAACGGCGGCUUUCACAGAAACGAAGGCGAAAAGACGAAGAGCUUAGGCUGAGAAAAAGGGGUGUGAAGCGCAUUGUGAUGGGAGAGGGAGAGUGGUCGAGGUUACCUCAUUAGGGCUGAGACAGCGACUCCGCUCUGGAUGUUCUACACUGACAGCAGGCAGGAACAUGGAUUUGUUCAGGGUUGGACUACAGUUGCUGUUUCUGCUCUACUCUGUGUCGAGCUUUUCACCCAAUAACCUGGACGACGUUCUGCCUCUUCCUACAGCCUUGGGUCCAGUGGAUGCACUCAAAAGAUUUGACCCAUGCUGCUUACUGACUCCACCUCCGCCUCCAUUGUUCCCUCCGCCUCCCAGUGUCUGGAGACGAGGCCAUGUGUUCCCUGAAUCUGUGGAGAUUGAAAGAGAAAAAGGAAGAGAUGAAGAUAAGGUGAUAGAACACUGUCUACCAGGACCUCCAGGACCACAUGGCCCUACUGGACCACAGGGACCCAGUGGUAUUCCAGGAAUACAGGGACCCAAGGGAGAUAAGGGUGAUAUAGGUCGUCCAGGGUCAAAGGGUCGUACUGGUCGGCCUGGUCUUCCUGGGAGGUCGGGUGCUGCAGGAUUUCCGGGGCCAGAGGGACCCAAGGGGGAGAAGGGAGAUCCUGGACUGAUGGGAAUGCCUGGGAUGAGAGGACCAACAGGACCCAAGGGCCUGCCGGGAUACAAGGGAGAAAAGGGAUCGCAGGGGGAACAUGGAAUUCCAGGUCCAAAGGGAGACAGGGGAUCGAAUGGUGUAGCUGGGAUGCUGGGACAGAAGGGUGAAAUAGGUCCAAAGGGAGAACCCGGUGUGUCUGGGAAGCGCGGCCCUACAGGACGUCCUGGCAAAAGAGGCAAACAGCAGGGUUCUAAAGGAGAGACUGGUGCAGCAGGACCGAUGGGGCCACCUGGCCCACCAGGACCUAACGGACACCCAGGACCCCCAGGAGUUCCUGCCUCAGGGCUAUAUCUGGUGGGAGAGAAAGGUGAGAAGGGGAUGCCAGGUCCUCCUGGAGAGUGUGACUGCACUUCCUUCAACACAAAUGGCCCUGGUAGUGCAUCGUUGCAGCGCCGUGGCAAAUAUGAAAAAGUCUCAGCGAUAUUUGUGGUAAACAGUGAAAAGGAGCUGAAUAAUCUGCACACAGACAAUGCGAUUGCCUUCCUCAAAGAUCAGAAAUCUCUCUACUUUAAAGACAUAGACGGAUGGCAGCCCAUUCAGCUGCUCCCAUUCCAGUCGACAGAGAGGGCGAAGGGAGGAGCGUGGUUGUGUGGGGAUGGAGAAGUGCAGCCACUGAACGGAGAGGAAUGUGAUGAUGGAAACAAGGUGGUCACAGAUGACUGUGUUGGUUGUAAGAAGGCUUACUGUGGAGAUGGAUAUCGUCAUGAUGGGGUUGAGGAGUGUGAUGGGAAGGACUUUGGCUAUCAGACCUGCAAGACCUACCUACCAGGGACGUUUGGGCAGCUCAGAUGUACCGAUUCCUGCUUUAUCGACUCGACUGGCUGCAAGUACUUCACUUGAGCUCCUCACAAACACGUACAGCUGUACGAGAAUACACUGGACUACAAAAACAGAUUGCUCCAGUACUCUUUGGAAAUGUUCUCAGACUGUCUGAUACUGUGGCCCAUGUUUACUUUUCUUUAAUCUCACGUAUCUACUGAGCUGGAUCACAUAAGUCCCAAUAACUUUUCAAGUCUUGAAUUGGCAGCUGCCGGUGGUCAUAGAAUUUGGAUGCCUUAGCACUGUUAUGAACAUGAUUAUGUUCAUGUGAUUAUGACUGUAGUGAAUGUAAAAUAUUUUAUAUAUGCGUUUGUAUUUAUUAUUUAUUAUUACUUUACUGUUACUUUUGCAUGCAUGAGUUUGUGUUUCUGCAUGCAACAGAUUGCCUUUGUUGUUUUAGCAGAGAUACUGAGGUACUAAGAGUGUCAUGAAAUCAGCAUUAAUUGAGAAACGAGAUCACUGAAGAUCAAUGACAAAUCACAGUGCUGCAUGGAACCCAAAGUAAAAUAUGUGUAAAUAUACAAUCUUUAAAUAUAAACAAUAGUAAAAGAUUAAAGCAUGUUUAGUCCAUUUGCAUGCAUUUCUAUGGCUGGUGACUCUGCUGGUGUAUGUAUUUUGAAUUGUGUCCAUUAAAUGAGCCGGAAUGGUCAGUCUUAA